GUAAGAUGCACCGGGAGGGCAACUUCAGCAUCCACGUGAAGAGGCCAAAGAGCAGCAUUCUGCUCGCCCGCGUUGACGUCGCUGGAAUCAAGCGCGAGCGCCUCUUCACCAGCGGCCACGGCACAGAAGAAGGCUGGAUAAACUUUGCACCUCACAGUCAUCUUCCGACAACGGACACCUUGGACAUCUGCCUGGAGGUGCUCCACUGCGCCGUGGUUUCGAAGCCGACUUCCGAGGGAAGCCACAUUACGUGGGACCUUCGCGAGACGUUGGGUCGAAUGCCGUAUGCCAUGGGUGUGCCCUUCGUGGAGGAAGUGAGGGCCACCUCCGAUGAGGGCACCGCGAUCCACCUGAUGGUCACCUUCUUUCCGGGCGGACACACCUCAGCUCCAAGGGACCAUGUAUCCCUGUGGGUGUCGCCACUGAGAGGCUUGGAGGAUCGCCGUUACGCUUGCAUUGUGGACGGCAGCCAGGAGCAGCGCGGUUCUGGCGAGUCCAUCUUGCACUUCCCGCGUGUGGAGGUCUUCGGAGAAAUUGGUAUUGUCAUUUGCCGAUCUCCGAGCCCAGAUGCCCCACGGCGAUUGCGGCGCUUCAGCGACCGGGAAUAUCCUGGGAGGGAGCCAGAAGCAGCGUAG